CUUUCCGAGUUGCUCCUCGUCCGCGCCAACGAACUCCCUUACCUUCGCGAUGCUCGCCCGCCAGUCCCUCGCCCGCAUGGUGGCUAGGCCGCCUGUGCUGGCCGCAGCGCCCGCCGAUGCUCGCGGGAUGGCCACACUCCGUGAACUUGAGCUCCGUCUCAAAUCCGUUCGAAACAUUGAGAAAAUCACUAAGUCCAUGAAAAUGAUUGCUUCGACCAAGCUUGCCAAGGCUCAACGCGCCAUGCAAAGCGGCAAGGAGUACGGACUCGCGAACAACGAGGUUUUCGAGCAUGCGACCACCGAUUCUGCUGCUAAGCGCAAGCUCUUCGUCGUCAUCUCGUCCGACAAGGGUCUGUGCGGUGGCAUUCACUCCUCGGUCUCCAAGGCCACGCGCAGGGCCUUCGCAGACACGGAACACACAGAUCCGCAAUCCCCCAUCAUGGUCGUUGGCGACAAGUCGAAAGCUCAGCUCUCGCGUGUACUUUCUGGCAACUUGACCCUCACGUUCAACCAGAUUGGCCGUGACGUCCCCACUUUUGCGGACGCUGCUGGUGUGGCGGACCUGAUCCUCAAGUCGGGUGCCCAGUACGAUAGCAUCGCCCUUGUGUACAACCGCUUCGUCUCUGCGCUGUCGUAUGAGCCUGCAGUUGUCGAGGUCCGGACCGAGACUGCGUUGAAAGAAUCCUCUGGCUUCCGGGCUUACGAGCAAGAGGAGGAACUGACCAAGGAUCUGGCCGAAUUUGCAUUGGCGAACGCCAUCUACUCCGCUCUCGUAGAGGGCCAUGCGUGCGAAAUUAGCGCUCGUCGGAAUGCCAUGGAUAACGCGUCCAAGAACGCCGGAGAGAUGAUAAACGCACUUCAACUGCAAUACAACCGUGGUCGUCAAGCAGCAAUCACCAACGAACUCGUUGAUAUCAUCACUGGUGCUAGCGCGUUGUGAGGUGUUUUACCAUACGGACUGUAGCUUGCGCGUAUAUCUGCAGGUGCAAUCGACUUUCUUUGACGCGAUUGAGCUCGUUUUACGAAUGCCCCAUGCGCUACUAAACGAGUCUACUUCGCAGUACCCAUUGCGAAUCCAAGGAUCCACAGCCUGCCACAAUUUCAAACAAUUGGCCCUCAUCAAACUGCCGCCGUGGAGGCGACUUCGGUUGCCUUCAACGUUCUCUGUGGUGUUGUCGAACCGCAAAUUCAGACUGGUGCAGUGACAAUAUAUCUGCGAUAAAUACAAAUAAUUCCAUUAAGCAUCUAUGAGCGUGGCUCGUUCUCUCUCAUAAUCUAUCCUCAGUCUGCUGGCUCGCUCCCAGAGUGUCUCGCCUGCCCCCCUCGCAGCCUCCUUCCAUUCGCGGAUAACA